AUGGUGCCACGGAUUCCAAUCAUCUUGGUGUUCGCAGGGUGGCUGGGCGUGUUGUCGACCACUGCCCAACGCCUGACAAGCUUUACGCUCAUCAACGCCCAAACCAAUCAACCAAUUGGACUCAUUGAGGACAACGACCUCAUUGAUGUCCAAGCCGUGGGAGCGUCCGCCUUGAGUUUGCGCGCCAAUAUUAACAACAACACAACCAGUGUUGGUUCGGUUCGAUUCUUCAUCAACGGCGAAACAAGCGCGGUAGAGAACGUAGUGCCGUACGCCUUGGGUGGGGAUACGGACGGAAACUACAACGCCGUCCCUGCCCUCGUGACGCCUGGAUCGGUCAUGGUGCGAGCCACACUCUGGAGUGGGCCGGACGGCACCGGAGAUCAACUGCAAUCGGUAACCCUCACAUUGCAAGUGUUUGUUGCGGGUAACGCAGACGUGCCGACACUGUCGCCCAAUACGGUAGCGGCAUCCACCGGUGGCGACGUUGGAAGAUAUCCCGCCAGUCCGGAAGGAACUGUGUCUGGUGUUCGGCAGGUGUGGCACAAGGUGACUCUGGGCUUUGUCGGACCAAAUGCCAGCGAAACCGCCACUCCGAAUCCCUUUACCGAUUAUCGACUGGACGUUACGUUUACGAGUUUGGACUCGCCCCAGUCCUUUACGGUCCCGGGCUACUACGCCGCGGACGGAAACGCCGCCAAUACCGGCGCGUCGUCUGGUGCCGUGUGGCUCGUACACUUUGCUCCCGACCUUGACGGGAACUGGGCCUGGGAAGCCAACUUUACCACCGGCACCCUCGUGGCCCAGUACGGAGACGGCAGCUCGGCCGGGUUUUUCGACGGGGCGUCCGGGAAUUUCUCCGUCGCUACCAGUAACAAGAAAGGUCGAGACUUUCGUGCCCGAGGGCGACUCCAGUACGUCGGUGAGCAUCAUCUCAAAUUCCCCAACGGCGAAUGGUUCCUCAAGGCCGGCGCCGAUAGUCCGGAAAACUUUUUGGCUUACGAGGAUUUCGACAAUACUCCCAAUCAAGGGGGGAGGCGCAAGUCGUGGGCUCCCCACACGCAAGACUAUACCGAGGGAGAUCCCACUUGGGCCGGGGGUAAGGGGAAAGGAAUGAUUGGAGGUACGUACAGGGAGAAGAUUGAAAUGAAGCGGUACGGAGUUUACGUGGAACAUGCGAUACCUAACUCGUCCCGUUUGCUCCUCCGCCAUCAAGCGCUCAAUUACCUGGCGAACAAGGGUAUGAACGCGUUUAGCUUUUUACCAAUGAACAUCGAAGGUGACGACAAAAACGUGUUUCCGUACGUUUCCGAUGCCGCUGGGGAAGACCGAAUGCGGAUAGACGUUUCGAAAACGGCUCAGUGGGAGGUUGUAUUUGAGCACGCGGAUCAUUUGGGGCUCUUUUUGCACUUCAAAACGCAAGAGACAGAGAACGAUCGAUUGUUGGACAACGGAAGCUUGGGCGACGAACGACGACUGUACUAUCGCGAGCUCGUCGCGCGCUUUGGUCAUCAUCUUGCUUUGAACUGGAAUUUGGGCGAGGAAAACAGAAAUACGGAUAUGCAACGGAAAGCCUAUACCGACUACUUCAAAGAAAUUGAUCCCUACCAGCACCCAGUUGUCGUACACACAUUUCCGCGACAAAAAGAAGCAAUCUACGCUGAUUUACUUGGCUACUCUACUUUUGACGGGGCCUCGUUGCAAUCUAGUCCACAACUUGUGUUUAAUGACACUCUCGAGUGGCGGACCCGAUCAGCUGCGGCUGGUCGGAAAUGGGUCGUGGCAAAUGACGAGCAAGGAGAUGCUCAGACCGGAGUUGCUCCAGAUGACGUGGAUCCGACUCACGACGGCAUCCGAGAAAACGUGCUCUGGGGAAAUCUCAUGGCCGGUGGUGCCGGAGUAGAGUAUUACUUCGGUUAUCGAUACGCCAACUCGGAUUUGACCUGUGAAGACUGGCGCAGUCGCGAUGCCAUGUGGGAUCUUUCACGAUACGCACUCGAAUUCUUCCAGAACAAUACUAUUGAAUUCUGGAAAAUGUCGAACGCCAAUGAUCGAGUCUCCAAUGGAUGGUGUCUAGCUCACGAGGACGGUACAAUGAUGGUGGUAUAUUUGAUUGACGGAGGGACCGCGUCUAUCGAUCUCGCAGGAUCUACAGGCACAACCUAUACCUCCAAAUGGUUCAAUCCUCGUACAGGAGGAGCUUUACAGGAUGGUUCCGUGCGCAGUUUGAAUGUUGGAGGUACCCAAUCUCUAGGAAAUGCUCCCGACGGUGCUCCCGGAGAUUGGGUGGUACUGAUAACCCUGGACGCCGCCUUUGUUACCCCUGCUCCAGUCAAUCAACCUACUUCAAGUCCGGUUGUAUUUCCAACACAGAAUUCUACACAGCCACCAGUGGUAAACGCAAGCAGUGUGCCAACCGUAAGCCCCAUCAGCGAAUCUGUCCCAUCCGCUGCUCCAGUCGCAGCACCUAUCCGUGCCCCCACAACGGCUACCCCCAUAUUGGCGCCUACCAAUCUCCCAACGGCAUUGCCGUCAUCAAGCGCUACAACGCAGUCUCUCAGGCCAACUACACUGACAUCCUCCGCUUUCUCCGCAACAAAAAAGCUCCACCCUAUUUUUUACUUGGCAAUGCUUUUCUUGUCUUGGUAAGCGCAAGACUAUG